AUGGAGGAAUACGAAGCGCCAUGCUUCUCCCACGAGAGCAUGCUGACGCCACCCGAGUCCCCCGAACACAAGGGCCCCGAUUUCCCCGGCGUUGCCCAGCUCAAGCCCCCUGUUGCGGUCGACGCCAACGAGCCCCGCCGCAAGAGCAGAAGCCCGUCAUCGAAGCGGUGGAACGGCGACGGCAAGGGCAUCCAGGUCGACAUUGGCGCCCGCCUGCGCGAGUACCUGGACUGCCUCAACAACCGCAAGUUCGAUGUCAUUGGCAACCACCUUGCCGACCCCAUUGAGCGCAACAACCGCAUCCAGACCCGCGAGGAGCACAUUGACCGUCUGCGCUCGCGCGUUGAAGGGCUCGCGACCUUCCAGAUCAAGAUCGACACGCUGCUGGUCGACAAGAAGGCAAAGGCCGUUGCUGUGCGCUACAUCAACCGUGUCACGUUGGCCGACGCCAUGAUGUAUGUCGACACCGUCGGCAAGACGUACGAGUUCGACGAGCAGUGCUUCGUGUGGUUCGACGAUAAGGGCAAGAUUGCGCGGAUGCUCACGUUGCAGGACAACGACGGCAUCCGGCGGCAGACGCCCGAGGCGGGCGUGACGCCGCGCUUCUUCACACGGAGCACGCCGCAGGAACCCGUCGACCUGGCGGCCGUCUACCGCAAGUACGUCUCGAGCAUUAACCACGGCACCAUGAGCAAGGACUUCCCAAGAUACUGCAAGCGGGAGGUGCGCCACAACAACCGGGUGAUGCUGGUCGAGGAGUACGCCCGCAGCAUGCGGGUCAGCCAGGAGGCCAUCUCGGGGCUGCGGUUCGAGAUCCAGGAGCUGUUGGUCGACGAGGAGACGCAGCAGGUCGCUGCCAGGUUACAGAUCACGGGUACGCCGGUGUCGGAGUUUGCGGGCGCGACGCCCAACGGCAAGAGCGUCAAGUUCCACGAGCACUGCAUGUACCGCUUCGACAAGGGCAAGAUCGCGCUUGUCUGGGCGACGAUGGAAUUGGACUCGUACCGCAGGCAGCUCGAGGAGAAGCCCGACCGCAGGAAGUCCUCGAUGCUGGGCAUCAACUGA